UAAGAGCACAGAAAAGGCCAAUGAUUGUCUUUCCUAAGCAAAAGAUUGUUGUUGCUCGUGCUGGAAGUGCAGGAAUAGGGGUUGUCAAUGCUGCAAGGAAAACAAUGGCCAGGAUGUUAGGAAAUACCGAGACUGCUUUUGAUAGUGCAAUGAGUCAAUUCUGGGUUGUUGAUGCUAAUGGUCUUAUCACUGAAGAACGUGAAAAUAUUGAUCCAGAUGCCCUGCCAUUUGCAAGGAGAAUCAAUGAAGCUGGCCGUCAAGGGUUAAGAGAAGGUGCAAGUCUUGCGGAAGUGGUGCGGCAAGUACAACCUGAUGUGCCCCUUGGGUUGUCUGGAGUUGGAGGAUUGUUCUCCAAAGAGGUUUUAGAGGCUCUUAAAGGUUCAAUUUCAACUAAACCAGCUAUCUCUGCAAUGUCAAACCCCACAAAAAACGCUGAGUGCACCCCAGAGGAAGCUUUCAAAAUUGUAGGCGACAACAUUAUAUUUGCAAGUGGAAGUCCAUUUAGAGAUGUUGAUCUUGGAAAUGGUCGUAUUGGGCAUUGCAACCAAGGAAACAACAUGUAUCUCUUUCCUGGCAUUGGGCUCGGAACUCUUCUGUCUGGCUCUAGGAUCAUAUCUGAUGGCAUGCUACAGGCUGCAGCAGAAUGGUCAGGUUCAUUUUUCUUUCGUUUUUGAUAAAUAUAUUUAUGAGUGCUUCAUAAGUUUUCAACUGUCAAAGA